AUGAACUGCGCGAAAGAGUCGGAGAAUGAAAAGGAUCAUAUAGUGGUACCUGGGAAAAGUUCUUUGCUCGAAAGUUCGAACCCACUACCCGCACGAAGGCAAACCUACUCAGAUGGCAGAGGACGCGCUGGACUUUAUAACGAGAAGGGCCUCUGCGUGGGCGCGUGCAUACGGCAGUGCGUCUGCGCCUCCGCCACCUACUCCAUUGACGAUUCGGCCGCUGCCGUCCCCACUAACGAAAACCAACCGCCGAAUAACACACUAACGCCCGAAAAGCAGGACCGCCCCGCGCGGCAUAUUAAACACCACCGUACAGUGUCACUCCCCGCCGGCUGUUCAGUCUUCCAGGAGCCUUUGAAGAUCGCCCACGGCAGAACUAGAUCCGAGCCUCUCACAGGGGACGAAGUAGAUCAAGCUAUCUUAGAGAAAACAGUGAUGUAUUCCUCCUGCAAAACCGUCAAUGGAACGGAUACGAUCAAGAAGAACCCAUGGUGCAGACGUGCAAGUACCGGCACAAGGUUUUCCAAACUGUCGCCGGCGCAUACCAAGAAUGUAACGGCACUUCGUAAUCGUUGUGAGACGAUGCCUUCUAGGGCUUGUUCCUCGUUCGAGUCGGACCGUCCACAAAUAACGAGGCACACUGAUGUCGUUGACGGUCUGGCUUCAUCACGCGACGACAUAGAUUCUAUAUCAGAAUGGUAUCGCACUCCGCGAAUACCGGAAGAGCCGGACUGCUGCGAAUAUAUGUUGCCUCGGGACUUUAUGAGUAUGCGCACGGGGUCAAUUGCACAUUCUCGAACAUCGUCAAUGGGGGUGGACGACGGCGGUGACAGAGACGUGGGUGACAUACCUGACGGCUAUUUGCCCAUGGGUCCGCCGCACUUGUCCUCAUCUGCCUCCGUUUGUAGCGGGACGCCUUCUACGGAUCCACGGUUUAGCGAAUACCAACUGGAACCGGCGACGUCCCACAUAUCCGAAGAGCGAUCGACGCGCGCGUACAGCGUCGGAAGUCGGCCCGUGCGCACGGAGCGCGUCGAGCCCGCGUCGAGACUUCGAGCGUACAGUGCGGGCGCGAGACGACGCCCAGCGCACGCCAGGCCCACGGACGACCUGAUGGAGAUUGACUUCUCCGCUAAUUCACCGCAGUCUAAGCCAACGAUCGCCCGAACUCCGCCAACCCAUUCAGACAUACCAAAAUCGAAACCAGUCGACGAAUACGUCGACAUGUCCCCCCGCAACGCCGGUUAUGUAGAGAUGAAGCCCGGCGAGCUGUUCACUCCCAUCCCCUCGAUCAACCCCAUCUCCUCCCCGAUGAACCCCUUGACCCCCCCGGACGGGUACGUGGAGAUGAGCUAUCGCUCUCGCACUCGCCCCAUAGCUAUAACGAAUCGGCCGUCCUAUUCCUCCCCCGAUUCAGAGAAAGCUCUCCACGGAUCGCAGACCAUUUUCCCCUUUUCCCCCGACUCCCCCCCUGAAAUCGAGCACGCGUUGAGCACCGUGAGGGAGAUUUCGGAGGAGGGGAGAGACGGAAGAGAAGGACGAGUCGAAGUCUCCUCUUCGCCUCAGUACGUGACGUUGGCGAGGCCCGAUUGCCUCAACAAUAAUAAGACUGCCAGGAUCGAUGAAAACAGAGAGGGCGGGCGCCUUCACUACGCAGCUCUGGACCUGGAGGAGCGCACUCCCCCGGUCCCUCCCCCUCACCGCCUCUACACGCAGAUCGACUUCGCCCGCAGCGAGACAUACGCCGCCGACGCGCUCUAG